AUGGUCCAACACACACCAGAUAUCUACCUCAAUGAACUGCAGGAUUUUUUGGAAAGGAGGAGGGGUGUUAUUGCCAGUUUGUCAUGUAUUUGGACAGCUUUGAAGCGAUCAGGAUAUUCUAUGAAAAAGCUCAUCGUGAGGCAAUUGAACAUAGUGAAGCCAAGCAUGCUGAGUUCUGCUACAAUUAUGGUCUGCAGUUUACAGCAGAGCAAACUGUUUUUGUCGAUGAGAGCUCUUUUGAUUGCCGAACAUCCAUCUGUACCUGAGCCUGGGCUUUGCAUGGUGAGUGUGCUAGUAAGCACUGCUUUUUUGUUUGUGGUUGCCACUUUAUCAAUCAAUGGCAUGAUCCACAUCAAGAUUGUUGAAGGAUCAUUUACAGCAAGCCUAUUUUAUGAGUUUAUUGAGGGCUUACUUGACAAGAUGCAACCAUUCCCACUCCAAAAUUCUGUUAUUGUCAUGGAUAAUGCAUGCAUCCACAAGGAUCCACACAUACUUGACCUCAUUGAGGAGUGUGGUAUGCAGUAUCAAGGCCUUUGUUCAUUGAUCAGGUGUGCUUCUGCGAGAAGACUUGACAAUGGAUGGAGAUGA